AAUUUUAUUUGUCCAUGUGGAAUACACGUUUUAUUACGAUCACAUAUAACAGAGAGACAGGAAUACACCACAAUUACAGGGCCAUCAUUCCCUGCUCGGCCAAUCUUUUUCCAAAAAACCCGAGAGGAAAUUUUUGUUCUUGAAGAAAAGACAUGGAGUUGGGCUUCUUGGGCUUAGGUAUAAUGGGCAAAGCAAUGGCAGUCAACCUGCUCAAGAGUGGAUUCAAUGUGACUGUGUGGAACAGGACAUUAUCUAAGUGUGAAGAGCUUGUGGCCUAUGGUGCUUCUGUAGGCAACACACCUGCAGAAGUUGUGAAGAAGUGCAAGUAUACUAUAGCCAUGCUGGCUGAUCCUCCUGCUGCACUUUCAGUUGUUUUUGACAAGGGUGGUGUCUUGGAGGAAAUGUGUUCUGGAAAAGGAUACAUUGACAUGUCAACAGUUGAUGCUGCCACGUCUACAAAAAUCUAUGAGGGAAUAAUCUCCAAAGGUGGAAGAUUUGUUGAGGCUCCAGUCUCAGGCAGCAAGAAGCCUGCAGAAGAUGGCCAACUGAUUAUACUGGCUGCUGGUGAUAAGUCCUUGCAUGAUGAGGUGAUGCCUGCCUUUGAUGUGAUGGGAAAGAAAACAUUCUUUCUAGGGGACGUUGGAAAUGGAGCCAAGAUGAAGCUUGUUGUCAACAUGAUCAUGGGCAGCAUGGUAAAUGCAUUCUCUGAAGGCCUCGUUCUAACUGAUAAGAGCGGAUUAAGUCAGCAAACGCUGUUAGAUGUCUUGGAAUUAGGUGGAAUCGGCAAUCCAAUGUUUAAGUUGAAAGGGCCAGCUAUGAUUCAACAGAAAUUCCCCCCAGCAUUUCCAUUGAAACAUCAACAGAAGGAUAUGCGUUUAGCACUUGCCCUUGGAGAUGAUGUUGGAGUAUCUAUGCCUGUAGCUGCUGCAGCCAAUGAGGUUUUCAAGAAGGCCAGAAGCAUGGGGCUUGGUGAUCAUGACUUUUCAGCUGUCUAUCAAGCAGUGAAGGAACCAUAAAGAGCUUGUAAAUCUCAUGUGCACAUGAUGUCAUGGAUGGUUGGAAUCAAACCAUCAAAAUAGUAGAAUGACCAGAUGACACUUGUGCAUACUCAUUCUUCAAAUAUCCUGUGUCACAUUUUGAAGAUGGUGGAUAUGAUAUAACUUAUUGACUUGAGAGAAUCACGCCCUUCAAAGAUAUUGAGACAAACAAUUAUAUUAUAUGUUCAGUAAACAUGUUGCACCUUAUUCAUCGUGAUUUUUUCAGCUGCAUACAGUUCUCUGAAUCAUGUCAAUUCUACUCAAUUAAUUGAUUUUCCCCCUUGCAAUUUCAAAAUAAAGAUUGAGAAAAUAUAUCAGUUCUUCAUGAAACAUUUAUUUAUAUAUUUAUACUUACUGGCUA